CUUACGGCUUAAGGCUUACUACACCUAUUGUAGACUCGGUCUUAUCAAAUAUAAAUAGAGCUUGUCGAGAUUAAACUCACGUUAUCUGAAUUUCGAACAUAUUCCGUUCAACAGCUGUGUAAAGAGACAUAAAAGUUCCAGUUGGACGGAUAAUGAAACAAUGACUUUCAUCGAUUUGUGUAUUGAGAAGCGAAUAAUACAAUUAAUGGAUGGGAAACGCCAUAAACAUAUUGAUAUACGAGUAUAUAAUUCACUGGAAUCAAGCAUGAAAGAGAUGGGCAUCAUAAAAACUGGCGCUCAAAUGAAGAUCAAAUUGAAAUAUUUAAAGGAAACCUAUUUUAAAUGUAAAAGAAACAACAAUAUAAGUGGUGCUGGUCGUCAAACAUAUCCAUUUUAUGAUGCGAUGGAACAACUUUUGGGCGGAAGGCCAUCAGUCCAAGCCAUUGCAGACACUGGUAUCGAUUCAAGUGCCAGUAGUACGCAAGGUAUAAAUAAGCUGUUCAUUAAGUUUGAGUAUGUACUACUUAUUUAUUUGUAUUAUAAUAAUAUAAUAAUAAUAUAUGCAUUGAUAUAAUUGUAGGACAAACUCAGGAAGAAGCUCAGAAAGAAACGGGAACGCAGUUUGCAGCAGAAGCAGAAGCAGAAGCUGUGCUAGAAGGUGCUUUAGAAGAUGAAAUGGUUGAUAAUCCCGUACCGUAUAUCGUGUCACCGAAUAACACUGCACCAACACAGAAACGAACAACCGGAGGACGCACCACACACUUCAAGCUAGCGGAGAAUUUCGCAGAAGUUUUUGCAAAAAGACAGGCCGAGGAAAUUCAGAAAGUUAUGCAGGAACAAGUGCAAAUGUUUGAUAAAUCGAUAUAUGCCCACAUGGAGGAACAACGACGAUGGGAAAAGGAAAUGAUGGAGAAAGAACAGCAGCAUCAAAUGUUACUCUUGGAUAAAUUUAUGAUAGGGUUAAAAACGGUGCAAACAGGCAACAUCCAAUAUCCUCAGUAUAUACCAACUCAAAUCCCUAUGCAUACGUUCCCGUCAACUGCCUCUACUCCAAAUGUAUAUUCGUACCACUUAUCGCCAUCGCCUUCCUCAUCAUGCUCACCACCACCAUCCUCACCAUUUCCUGCAGUUCCUUCUCCGUUGCCAUCACCGACUAUACUACAGUCUUCGGUAACAGUGUUAACAUCAAGUUCAUCUUGUAAUGAUGAUAAUGAGAGAAGUACAUAAGUAACGUAACGUAAAUGUGAUGUAAAUGUGAUGAAACGUUCUCAUUUAUUUUUGUUUAUUAUAUUUUAUAUUGCAAUAUAUUUUAUAAGCGAUA